CUUCCAUCAGGCCUCGUGGCCGCAGGGCCAACCCCCGCGCCGCCCGCGGAUUCUCCCUUCCGCCCAGGAGCCUGGGGGGGGCUUAUCCCCAAUCGCACACUCACACUUUUUUUCAUGCGACUAUGUUGGGCACACUUCUGAGUUUAGUGCUCCAUAGUCCGCUGCACAUGUUUGACGCAUGGAAAGCGGAGGACAUCUCAUCGAACCCCUGCUUCGUUGACAUCGUUGUGAGCCCAGCGAUUUCACAGAGUCAGGAGCUGAGACAGGCAGUGGCGACUCUACACACGCAGGCACAUGUUGUGUAUCAGUUCUGGUGGGAGAGAGGGGGGCACACCAAUAAGAGUUCGGGUUGCGCGGCAUUCUUGAAGAAGAGAGCGGUGAGGUCAUCCCACGUGGUGGAGAUCGUCCAUCCCCCGAGCGACCUUGCGGGGAGAUGUGGUCUCAUUCGCAUCCGUUCUGGCCGGUUGGUAUCUCGGUGAGAGUGGUUUUUUUUUCCCCCCGGUGUCCAACAUGAAGGUGAACCAUUGGCGCAGCACAUGCAAGCGCCUCGUGUCUUGGACGCACUCGAGUAUCCAGUUCGCUAGUCAGAGGUCGCUCGUUGUCGUGGGGCUCGACGCGAAUUGCCAGUUCGGUCGGCGACGGGUUGGGCAGGGACUGAACACUACGUUCCAUGAUGGUCGGUCGCCAGGUCGGCCCGUAUGCGAUGGGAGAGGAGAGUGGUUUGUCGGCGCAGAUAUGGCAUAUACUCGAAAUGGAUGGCUUGAUUGUUGUGGAUAGUUUCUUCCCCGUCGGGCACGUAUCAUGGCGCGGAGUCUCAAAGUGCGCCCGACCACAUCUUGGAUCCAGCGGAUGCGUUACAGGCGACGGGACCCUGCCGUAUUCUGAAGCGUUGCAUGCGGGAGUUGCCGAUCAUCCCCGACGCCAGGCCGAGAGACCACGCCCCCGUCUUGUGGUAGGCGAAUUCCCAGCUGCAGGCGCCGACUGGCCAGGACCGUCCGGGUGGACCAGCAUGGGAUCGUGAGUAUCUGGCAACUUUGCUGCAACACCUAGGAGACGGCGGUGGUAUCAUGACAGCGUUGGAGAGGGCUUCCAUCGAGACACGGAGGAAUUGGGAGCAUAAUGCAGCUAAGUUGGACCCAUCGGACGCGUGGCAGGACCUCGCGAAUGACAUACAGCAGGCGGCGCUCGCAGAGGCUACCAUAGUGGUCCAAAGAGUGGCGCUUCAGACUCACAUGCAGAAGCGCGCGGAGGUAUUGAACAAACGAAAAAUGCCAGGUUCGCUUGCCACACAAGAAGAUCGAUUGCACCUGCGGCGGCUCGAGAAGGACACUAAACAGCUUAACCAUCAGCUGGACCUGGAGCACGUUGAUCAUUAUUCGGGGCGGCUGAACGACAUCAAGGUGCCCAUGAUUACCACCGUGCAUGGCGCCUGAUCUACUCCAUAGGCCGCAGACGCAGGCGCCCCCGACAGCGCACUUACAUCGUGCUGCCGGCCUACCACCCCAGCAUGGACGAGUGGACCGACACCAAGUCCGCUUCCGCGAUGGGGGAAGGCUUCAAUGUUGUCGUGGAGGAGGACCCGAUGGAAGUGUCGCUAGAGUCCCUGAGGCGCAUUGGGGAGGAGGGCCAGGAGUAUUUCAGCGGCGCCACCGCUUCGCUUUCGUGGGACGACUGGUUUAGAACGCUAGACCUAGUUCAGGAGAGCCGCUCGGAGGAGCUGCGGCACUGGAUGCUGCAGCAGGCGACCGGUGACUGGACAGGCGUGUGGCCGCGCGCACAGCAUCUAGGUGAAUAGGCACUCGCGUGCGCUCAGAGUCGAUUGCGCCUUCGUUGCCCAGCGUUCACAGAUAGCUUUAGCCGUGCACUCAUACAAUUUAAGGCGAAAGCUAAGACACCGCAUCGAUGACACUGGCGUUGCACCUUCCAGCUUUCCAAGGGGAGCCUCCAGGGAGGCGCCAUGGCCAUGAGGCCGACCACUGUCACUGUCCGUUGGGGAAGGCCUGGUGUCGGGGCUUAUUGAGCCAGCGUCCUUCCCUCCCUCCGCGUGCCAUUGGCUGCGCGGCCCACCGGCGUCGUCAGAAUGCUCAGCUCGUCACCGGGAUUCACAGCUGGAGGCUCAACGCAAAAUUGCACAUCGCACCUUUCCCGGAAGGGAGACACGUCGAAUGCGUUCCCCUCCACGUCGCGCGGGGAGCUCACAGGACGGAUGAGCAGAUAAUUCGCCGCCUGCAGGAUCGACCUUCUUCCUUCAGAGGCACGCGGAGGCGGCGGUGGAGAUCGGGCGGG